GUCCCCAGGUGUCCCAUGGAGCUGCUGUUCGGGCGCAGGCGCUCCCCGGAGGAGCUGCUCCGGCAGAACCAGCGCGCCCUGGCCCGCGCCGUGCGGGAGCUGGAGCGGGAGCGGCAGAAGCUCGAGGCGCAGGAGAAGAAAAUCAUCGUGGACAUCAAGAAAAUGGCCAAGCAGGGCCAGAUGGACGCCGUGCGGGUGCUGGCCAAGGACCUGGUGCGCACGCGGCGCUACGAGCGCAAGUUCAUGGCCAUGCGUGCCAACGUGCAGGGGGUGGCGCUGCGGGUGCAGACGCUGCGGUCGCACAGCGCCAUGGCCACCGCCAUGCGGGGCGUGACGCGGGCCAUGGCCACCAUGAACCGGCAGCUGAAGCUGCCGCAGAUCCAGCGCAUCCUGCAGGAGUUCCAGAAGCAGUCGGAGCUGAUGGACAUGAAGGAGGAGCUGAUGAACGACGCCAUCGACGACGCCCUCGGGGACGAGGACGACGAGGACGAGAGUGACGCCGUGGUGUCGCAGGUCCUGGACGAGCUGGGGCUGAACCUGACCGAGGAGCUGGCCACGCUGCCGGCCCCCGGGGGCUCGCUGGCGGCGGGGGAGGGGCGCGGGGGGGCCGAGGGAGCCGCGGCCGCUUUGGCCGACGCCGACGCCGACCUGGAGGAGCGGCUCAAGAACCUCCGGAGGGACUGAGAGCGGGGAUUUGGCAUUUUCUGGCACUUUCUGGGAUUUUGGGACUUUCUGGGAUUUUUCCCUUUUUUUCCCCGAUUUUUCUGGGAUUUUUCCCGUUUUUUUCCCG